GUUUAUGAGACAAAAAAAAAAAGAGACUGUUGUCUCCCAAGGCAGAGGGUCCAUUGCCCUGCUUUCACGAAGCUGAGGCAGACGGAGAAGGAAAUGGGGCAGGGCUACAGCGCACAGCUGCUCCCCGGGCUUGCUCACACAUGAAAACUUCCUGUGAUGAGAACGGAAACAUAGGUGCUGUCCCUACCACGGCAGCUCCCAGAGCUGGGGCCGGAGGGGAGCCAUGGACAGGGCCCGGGCACUGGUCCUGCUCUUGGCGCUGCUGACACUCUGCAUCACUGCUGGAACCCCUGAAGUGUGGGUGCAAGUUCAGAUGGAGGCCACAAAAUCCCCAUCCUUCACUGUCCGCUGUGGAUUCCUGGGAUCUGGCUCUGUCUCCCUGGUGACUGUGAGUUCUGGGGGACCCGACAGUGCCGGAGAGACUAGACUGGCUGUUUUGCACCCAGAAUUCGGCAUCCAGCAUUGGCCCCCUGCCAGCCAUGUCCACUGGGAAACCAAAACCAGCAUCUCCCUCACCCUGGAAGAAGGGUCUGAAGGGAGAAGCCCCAGUCCCAACACCACCUUCUGCUGCAAGUUUGUUUCCUUUCCUGAAGGCUCCCAGGAAGCCUGUGGGACCCCCUUCUUCAGCACAGACCAAGGGCUCCCUGCCCCUGCUCCAUCCCCCAUACUGCGGGCUGACCUGGCCGGGAUCUUGGGGGUCUCAGGGGUCCUCAUCUUUGGCUGUGUCUACCUUCUCUACCUGCUGCAUCGGCAGAAGCACUGGUCUGUCAUAAAGUUUCAGCCACCCUGCAACAGCCCCCAGACACAGAUGCGAGCAAGGGUGGCCAGCCAGGCCUCCCUGGCCUCUCUCCGCACCCCCCACACUACUGUCAACACCAACCACUACCGCCCUGCCACUCUGGACACAGUCCUCCAGAUCCGCCCGCUAUCCCCAUGGGUGCUCCCUGCCCACACUGCGUGCCAGCCCCAGCCUCCUGCCCCCUGGGUGCCCCUUCCAGCCUCUGCACACAGCAGUUUCAUCUCCAUCGAGAAUGGACUUUAUGCUCAGGCAGGAGAGCGGCCUCUCCCAGUUGGCCCCAACCUUGUCCAUUUCCCAGACCCUCUGGGGCACAGAGCCAUGGAAGGACACUUAGGAGUUCGAUGAGAGGGACCCCAGGUCGGCUUGGGCUCCCUCUCCUCUCAGGCCUCUGGAACCCCCUUCAGUUGUGCGCCCGUGUCCUGGGUGCCCAUCAUCUUUGCACGUCUUAUCUUAUUCUCCAGCCUGCAUAAGUGUCUCUAACGUACAGCUGGCCAAGACCCACUCACCACGGAUGUGGUCAGCAUGUGUGCACAUGUGGGCAUACGUGUGUCUAUUCGAGGUGACAAAAUCUCAUCCCAGGUUGUUUCCUGUUUUCAAGUCCCCAGCUGUCACAGGUGAUGUUGUUAAAAAAAAAAAAAAAAGUGGUUUCUGACUGGG